UUCCGCCCGGACCGGCCGCUCCUUCCCUCCCCGCCCCGCCUCCCCGCCUCUCCUCCAAUCCCAGAGCGCCUCCUCUCCCCCCCGCCAAUCGGCGCGCCGCUUUCCCUCACCACCCCGAAGCCGGCUCCCCGAGGAACUGCGGGCCGGGGUCUCCGAGCCAAUCCGCGCUCCUCCCGGCCGGGGAGGGCGGGACCCGGAGAGCGCCGACCAAUAGGAAGCCCGCACCGGCCGGCCCGACGUGCGGACGGACCAAUCGGCGGCGGGCAAAGGCGGGGCGCCCAAGAUGGCGGCCCCCGGAGAGGCGGACCGGAAGGGGGCGGAUCCAAGAUGGCGGCGCCCGGCGGAAGGGGGCGAGCCAAGAUGGCGGCCCCCGGGGCCCGAGCGCUUCGCCCAUGUCGGGGAGCGGGUCGGUGUGGAGCCGGGUGCGGGGGCGGCUCCGGGCCUUCCCCGAGGCGCUGUCCGCCUGCGGGGCCGAGGCCGCCGCCUACGGGAAGUGCGUGCAGGCCGCCACGGGCCCUGGCGGGGAUCUGAGGAAGGAUGCGUGCACCAAGGAAUUCGCCGCCUUGCGGGCCUGCUUCGUCGCGGCGGUGGGUAACCCCCCAGUCGAUAAGAAUGCGAAGACGCCGCCGAAGUGAAGCGUCGGGAUGGGCUCUCCCUUUCCGGAAUCCCGGCACCCGGGCGGCCCCGGACGUCUGAAGAUGCCCGGGACGUCUCCUUAGAGGACGGGGCGGAAUUGGGGGCCGGGAAUCCCCCCUUCCUCCGCCCUCCCCCUCGGUCGAAUGCCUCGAGCCGGGCGUUUUAGUUGCACGGACUUCCGCGCCGGAAAAAAAUAAAGUGACCGGCGCGACUGGGCGCUUCUCGG